UUCGUCGUGAUCGGAUCGUGUUUUUUUCUGUGGCUCCCUGUCGCACAGUCAGUCAGUCAGUCAGUCAGUCGGUAUUCGAUUCCUGCGGUAGUGUCGUUUCGUUUUCUGAUUCGUGGUGUACUGUAGUGUGACUCAGUCGGACGACGAGUAAUAGGGAGUGAGCGGUUUCGUUCUUUCGUGUAUACUACUAGAGGUAGUAAGAGCUGUCCUUUUUAAGGUGGCUUCGUCCAAGGGAAAACUGUUUAGAACCCUGUGUCAAUCCGAAGGGAGAAAAAAGGAUUCAUGGAUCCGCGUAUCCGCGCCGAUUGAUUGCAUUCUGUGGCUCUAGUGUCUCUGAAUGAUCCGAAAUCGAUGUGAUAUUUUCCGGUGUUCGUUUAGAGUGGAUAAACUUCGAGAAAAAUAUUCCCAAGGUGAAUUACUGUUUUUGGUGCAGCAGCGGAGAAUUGCUUUGCCAAUUUGGAAGGCAGCAAACGAUGAUUGAACUAAAUCAAGCGUAGUGCUCCAAGACCAAAGAGCGAGAGAGUGAAAAAAAAGUGUUGAAUGCCCGACGCCUCGACUGAAUGUGAAAUCCGGCCGGCCCGAAAGGUUCUUCCGUUUGUGUCGUCGUCGUGAGUGUUGUGUGUUCCGAGAGUUUGCAAACGAAGAAAGAAGAGAUUACAAUAAUGAUGGAAAAAUUAAAAUAAAAUGAAAUUAUGAUAAUAGCAGAAAGGCAAGGCAAAAAAUAAACGAAUAUAAACGAGCGGCAGUGUCCAUCGGAUUGUGGAUAGGAUUGGCCGACGACCGACAGAGAGAGGUAUAGAAGGGCUAAAAAACAUAAGAGUUGCAGCAACCGAGCACGCCUGAAGCUGAAGCCAAAGAAGAGUUAAGACGAGGUUGAGCGUGGAUUCGGCAAGGUGACGCGAGAAGUAGUGCAAGGGUUUGUGUGUGAUCAACCACCGGAGGUUCUAAGCACGCUACCUUAUCGCGCAACAGAGAAUUCUGCCGAGAGCUUCUUCGUCGUCGACUAAAGCUCAGCAAAAAAAAAAAAAGAAAGACGACAACGUCUGGGGAUCAUCUUACUGUUGUUGAUGUUGUUGCUGUUUUCGGUGUUCAGCCAGAAGAAGUUGUUUUAACGAUCAUUUUUGUGCGAAGGGCUCUCUCUCCUAAGCACCCCCUCCCAGUUAUCUGCAAUCGAGAUUUCACGAAUAAAGAAGUGCACUUUGGAAAAGCUCUAGCCAACAACCUUCUCGGUUGAGUGUUUGUAUUGAAAAUAGUUAUCAUAAAAUUAAAUAUUAAUAAAGCGCGCGCAGAACAAGUGAACAUUAAGCUGUAACUGAGCUGAGUGGAUCUAGCAAUACGUUGCCCCUCCCCCUUGGCUCAUUUGUCUCUCCGAAAGCUGCGCGUAGGAGUGCCGAGAAAGAAAGAAAGAAGCCGAGAGCCGAAACCCGGCGAAAAUCAGUGCCCAGAAAUAAAUUGUGCAAAGUUAUGAUUUCAUGUGUAUAAUUUUUGAUAAUAAAUUUUUAUUGCAAAAUAUCGUAUUGUAAUCAAAUUCAGAUCGUUCAGCAGGCUGCGUGCUGGUUUGUUGAAGAAAAUAAUAGCCCUUUAGGCCUGUAGCGCAGUGAGAGAGCUCGUCCAGAGUAAACGGGGCGCAUAAAGCAAAUAAAGAAUUAAACGUAUUAAUUAUCUGGCUGGGCUGAUCUGAUUAGUGCGCGCCCUUUUUUUCCUGUUGUUGUUGUUCAAAAGAGCAACUCGAAGGAGACGACCAACAACCCGAAGGAAAAAUCUCGUAGCUAGCGCCCGGGUAACGAGAAAACCGCAGCAAAAUUUCCGCCCUACUCGACGCCCGCACGGUUCCACAAAAAUUCUGCAAACUGGAACCAUAUGACGUAAGCACGAUGUACGCGUACGCGCAGGGUGGAUCGCAAGGUCCGCCACACUACGCGUCGGCGAGCAAUGCGUACCUGCCGGCGACGCACCAUCACGCCGGCUAUCCUCCGUACCACGGGGGGCCUUCGACGCCGCCGUCCACCAUCACCUCCUACAACAAUGUGGCGGGGCCGUCGUCGCUGCUAGGGCACCAUUACGCGUCGCCGCACCAUAUGCCGCCGCCACCGCCGCCUUCGUUGGCUAGCGCUACGCAUACGGCUUCGUCAGCGGCGGCGGCCGCGGCUGCUGCAGCCGCAGCCGCAGCGGCAGGUGUUGUGAGCCCGCUCGGUGGCAUCGGCGGGGAUCCGCAGCUUACGGAUCUGAACGCGCAGCUUGGCAUUCCCAAGCGGAGAAGGUAUGUUUAACCAACCAACAAACACAUCGUUUAAUUCGUAAGUAAUUUAAGGAAGCUGAUGGAAAUUUCCACAAUCGUGACAAAACCAGCCCGUCAAAAGAUGAACCAUUUCUAAGCAAUGUUGGGUCUCACCGUAAAUCUUCGCCACCAAUUUCGGGGGCCAGAUUGUCUAAUGAGAGAUUUCUUCGACGAUGUUCCACCGAUUACCUACUUCCCGCCUCACAACAAGAAACCAAGUUUACCUUUGCUCGCUUUUCUCAAGGUUGUUAGGCUGAACACUGAAAAUUAAUUAUAUGUUGAUUGAAAAGGUUUCAUCGGGUUGUUUUUUUUUAUGAAAUCGAAGAUUGAUUAGGAACAAUAUUGAUCAGCUCAAUAACUUCCCAGAAAUUAUAGAAAUAUGUAGGAUUAAGGUUAAAAAUCGAUAAAAAUAAGUUUUACGUAUAAUACGUGUCAGAUCAGGUGAAUGUGAAGUUCCAAUUAUUCGAAGUUUAAUCAAACAAUAACUCUGUAAAUCUGAGAAGCUAACAGGAAGACGGGCGGGUACGAUUUCUUCUCAUGCAAAAUACGACAACCGGUGGUGGUGUUGAAUUCGAUCCAAUUUGUUGAAUCAGCAUAAGGCCGGUACCUUCUCUAGAAGGUAUGAGAAGGAGUGUGUGCUAAUUUGCAUAUCCUACAAUAAACACUGGAGAAAUGCACCGCCAGGGAGCAAGACGAAGACGACGACGAAAACGGCGAAGAUGCCGACUUGUGUUCGUCUUCGCCGAGAGAGUAUUUAUAACUGUGAACAUUGGAAUAUUAAAUUGCUUCAUUUGCGCGGGAUCCGCAAAAUUUCCUCAUAUGCAUACCUAAUUAUCGUCUUCAGCUUCGGAAACCGUUUGCUACUGUGUAUGUACUGAAUGACUGACUGAUGAUGAUGAUGAUGAUGAUGGUGUGGCUGCUACUGUUUCUCUUAUUGGUUUCAUGCAGAAACACAUGCUUGCAGAUUCGUGUAUGCAUCAGGAGAAGGAGUGGCUUUGCUAAGUUGACAGAUGCAACCACUUUCCAGCCCUGUCGUCUUCAUUAUUUGGAAGCGAAAAAAUGGACAGUGAAAUUCCUGAUUAAAGAAGUUUUGAGGCAAUCACGAGUCGUUUAAACUUAAUACCAAAAUUUCAGUCAACACUAGAUUUAACCCAUAAUUUUCUUUUCUUUUUAAUUUUACACUUAUAUCUUGUUUGUGCCUUAGAAUACUGAACUCACAAUAUUUUCAACAUAUUUUUCAAGAAAAAGACAAGUUUUCAGACAAAAAUGUAAAUACACAGAUUUUACAUACUGUCAAUCCGAUAGAAAAUAGAACAGCCUCUCGUGUGACAUACGAGUGACACAUGAUAGGUACGGAGUUUGGCAUCUCAUCGUUCUCGAGAACUCUCGCUAGAGGAAAACCCUGUUGAAGUCCCGCGAAACUUGUCCUGUCUGUUGAAACGGGGCAAAAUAAUCAAUGCUAAUGUAUGCAUGCAUACACAAAUUGUUAUGAUAAAGUUCAACAGCGUCUUCUGUCGUCUUCACAAGUGGAGGAAAAAAAGGGAAAAUCCUACAAGCUUCAUGUACAUAGGAGUUGCUCUCUCGUCGGAAUCCCUCGAACGAUGUCACCACGCCACGGUAUUACGACGACGAGCUACCGACUUUGAAGAUUUGAUUACAGCAGCUCCCUCCCCCCCUUCUAACCAGACCACCCACCCACAUCCCGUCAAGGAAACCAUCCCGUUUUUCGUUGCUCUCCCUCUUAUUUGUUGAUGAUAUUAUCUCGUCGUUGUAGUCUCGCUCGCUAGCUCAAGGAGCUCCCGCGUUGAUUGUCUCGUUGAAAUUAUAAAUUAAAAUGAUUGUCAAAUUGACAAAAGGCUGCCGCUGACACUUCCCAAGCCCAAACCAUUCCAACUCAUCCAACCACCCACCCUCCUAAAACGAAACGAGAGACACUCAAAGGGGGUGGGAUGGGUAAAUCCGCGUUCUCGUGGAUAAGGAAUCCGCGACUCCUGUUGCCUGGCUGCCAGUAGCAGACUCUUGCUAUCAUUCCGCAUCGCACAUACAGCCGAGGCUGUCGUUUGCUUGAGAGUGUUUUUUUCUGCUAACAUGCUGCUGCUCUGCUAGCAGCUGACAUUAGAUUUUUUUUUGCUUUCCGCAGCAAAUUCAAACGUGGUGUGUUGUUACUGUCGUUGUUUACACGGUGCUAAUGAAUCUUAAUAGGUUGAUGGUAUCCCAGUAUCAGUACAGAGGACAGACAGGCUACAGCCACCAGCUGGCUGGAAGAGCGACGGCGAAACAACGAGGACUGACGAGGCCAAUGACGUUGUCGUUGACAACGACGACAUCUCCCGUGUCAAUCAGAACCAGCAAACGGCAACGAACGUCGAGAUGGGUACGAUGAUUAGUGCCGCUUCGUUGUGUGUGUUAGUUUUGAUGUGUGGAGCAAGAUUCUUCUGGGAUUAUUAAAGUUAGCGGUCCUGGAAGGGAAUUUCCAAAUAAAAUCAACAACUAGAGGAACCUUAAAACGAACCAGAUUCAGAAAAACUUAAAAUGUUCAGGAUGAAACUUUAGAAACACCGAUUCCGAUAAAAGACCCAGUAGGGACUUCCAGCUCCAGAAAAUGAGACGGGGUGGUCGAUAUGAAAAAAAUGACAAAAAUUACAAAAAUGAAAAAUGUUACAAAAAAGGACAAAAUUAAUAAUAAUUUAAAAAAUGCCAAAAGGACAAAAACUACAAAAAUGGCAAGAAUGGUAAAAGCAGUAAAAAUUACAAAAAUUUCAAAAAUUACAAAUAACAAAAAUUUAACAGAAUGUCAUAAUAUGAUAAAGUUAACAAACAUUCUGAACAUAACAAAAUAGUUUCAAAUUUGUCUAAAACAUUAUAAAAAAAACAAAAAAAAAAGAAUAAAAAUUAUCAAAAAAUUAUAAACAAAUUGAGUAAAUAUUAAUAAUAAUGGUUUAUUUUCGUUAAUAGGUAAGAAAAAAGUUGAUGAAAAAAACCGUUCAAUUUUGGCACGGUUCGAUUUAGGCAACACAAAAUUCUCGGGCGUGUUGCUAAAAACGAAAGGGGCCUGUAAUUACAAUAAUGAAAAAAUGGCAAAAAUGACAAAAAUAACAAAACUGAAAUAAAAAAUUCAAAAAAUUACAAAAUUGAAUAAAUAUUACAAAAUCUACGAAAGCAUUUAAAAAAUGUCAAAAAUUCCUAAAAUGACAAAAAUUUAACAAAAAUGACAAAAAUGGCGAAGAUAAUUAAAAUGACAAAAAGGACAAAAAUGACAAAAAUGACAAAAAUGACAAAAAUGACAAAAAUGACAAAAAUUACAAAAAUAACAUAAAUCUCAAAAAUGUCAAGAAUGACAAAAAUGACAAAAAUGACAUAAAUCUCAAAAUUGUUAAAAAUGACAAAAAUGACAUAAAUCUCAAAAAUGACAAAAAUGAAAAAAGUGACAAAAAUGACAAAAAUGACAAAAAUGACAAAAAUUACUAAUAUUACUAAUAUUACAAAAAUGACAAAAAUGACAAAAAAUGACAAAAAUGACAAAAACGAAAAAAAUGACAAAAAUGACAAAAAUGACAAAAAUGACAAAAAUGUCAUAAAUCUCAAAAAUGUCAAGAAUGACAAAAAUGACAAAAAUGACAAAAGUGACAAAAAUGACAAAAAUGACAAAAAUGACAAAAAUGACAAAAAAGACAAAAAUGACAAAAAUGACAAAAAUAGCAAAAAUGACAAAAAUGAAAAAAAUGACAAAAAUGACAAAAACGACAAAAAUUUUAAAAAAAAUGACAAAAACGACAAAAACGACAAAAAUUAAAAAAAAAAUGACGAAAACGACAAAAACACUAAAAAUGACAAAAAUAAAAAAAUUGAAAAAUAAAUGACAAAAAUGAUCAAAUUGAAUAAAUAUUUCAAAAAUGACAAAAACAUUAUGAAAAUGUCAAAAUUGGCAAAAACGGCUAGAAUGACAAUAAAGGCAAAAAAAUUAUAAAAAUACAAAGAUGUUAAAAAUGAUAACAAUGCAAAGAUUGCUAAAAUGACAUAAAGGUCUUAAAUGACAUAAAAUUACAAAAAUUACAAAAUAACAUUCAAAUUUCUAAUCUGACAAAACAUACCAAAUAUGUCAAAAAUAACAAAAAGAAAAAAUUGGAAAAAUUAUCCACAAAACAGGAAUAAAUGGAUUGAAUUACAUAAAUGACAAAAUUGAAAAAAAAAAAUUAACAAAAAUGACAAAAUUAAAAAAAAAACAAAGUGCUGAAAAUAACAUAAAUGACA